AGAAUGAGAAAUCCAGGGGGCAUUUGUUUCUCGCAAAUUGUGCAUAUAAACCCGACACAUGGUCUCUUCUUGUUUAUUGCUUUGCUGCUUCAUGUGCUACGUCAAAAGCUCUUCCAACUUCAAUCCAAUUAUUACCCCAGAACCACCAAUCCAUCGUUGAUCAACGCUUCUUGCACUUUCUCUUCACAAAACGAUUUAACAUGGCUGACAAUGGUUCUUUUCAAGAGUUCUUGGCCACUGCAGUCGAUGCAGCGAAGAAAGCUAGCGAGAUAAUCCGUGAAGGGUUUUACCAGACCAAGCAUGUGGAGCAUAAAGGCCAGGUGGAUUUGGUUACGGAGACUGACAAGGCAUGUGAAGAUCUUGUAUUUAAUCAUCUCAAGCAGCAUUACCCCUCUCACAAGUUCAUUGGGGAAGAAACUACUGCUGCUUGUGGUACAUCAGAGCUGACUGAUGAGCCUACCUGGAUAGUUGAUCCUCUUGAUGGAACAACUAAUUUUGUGCAUGGGUUCCCCUUUGUCUGUGUCUCCAUUGGUCUUACAAUUGGAAAGGUUCCUACGGUUGGUGUUGUUUACAAUCCAAUAAUGAAUGAGCUCUUUACUGGUGUACUUGGAAAAGGUGCUUUUCUCAAUGGAACCCCUAUAAGAGUAUCAUCUCAAACUGAACUUGUGAAGUCUCUCCUUGCAACAGAGGCUGGAACAAAACGAGAUAAGUUAACUGUGGACACUUCUACAAAUAGAAUCAAUAGCUUACUUUUCAAGGUGAGAUCUCUUCGGAUGAGCGGUUCCUGUGCAUUGAACCUCUGUGGAAUUGCAUGUGGAAGGCUUGACCUGUUUUACGAACUUGGAUAUGGGGGUCCAUGGGAUGUGGCAGCUGGUGUUUUAAUCGUUAAAGAAGCUGGAGGCCUUGUGUAUGAUCCGUUUGGUAAAGAGUUCAACAUCACAGCUCCACAAGUAGCUGCUUCAAAUCCAUCCCUGAAAGAUGCAUUUGUUAAGGCUUUGCAGCAAUCAGAAUGAGGCAGCAUUGAUAAUCUACAUUCAUAUCAUAUAUUAAGUUGCUUUGUUCUUGUUGUCACCAUCAUCAUGUGGUUAGUUAAAGACACCUGUUUUCGGGAGAUUGUUGAAUUUGAAUAGGCGUGGCCCUGAACGGUGCCAGAUUAUUUUGUAGAAUCCAAUUUGAGAUGACAACUCCAUGAUUGGCAAUAUAAAUUUGCUUUUCUUGAAUUAA